AUGUCCACCAAGCGAAUUCAGUACAAGGUCGAAGGCCAGGUGCAGGGCGUCAACUUCCGCUCCUUCACGCAGAAGCAAGCCAAGAGCAUCGGUGUCACUGGCUUCGUCACCAAUGCAUCGGAUGGAAGUGUCCAGGGCGAGGCUCAGGGCAGUGACGACAAAAUCAACGAGUUCAUCCAGCAUCUGAACAAAGGACCAUCGGCAGCAUCAGUCUCAAAAGUUGACCAUUCGGAGAUCUCCAGUAGGGAUGGCGAGAGCAGCUUCAACGUCCAAUAG